AUGGCGGCACACCACCUACAGCUUGCUGUCUUCUCUAGCCGUCUCUAUGGUGUCAUGGCGUUUAUCUCUUCUCGAAGGUCAGGAGAAAGCCACCUUAGCGACGCAAAGCCAGAGGAUUACUAUGAUUGUGACGAUGACGAUGCAGACCCACGCUUCAAUCAGCACAUAGUCGAGGCAUCACUACCGCGGCCAAUAUUCCCCGUGAGAAGAAGACCUCGUUCAAAAGUGAUCGAGGACCGAAUCCAUGCCCUCGCGCUGCGACAUGUUGGAAGGCUCAUCCGCCUUCAAAACAGUAUGGCAUGUUCAGUUCUGUCAACGCCCACCUUAGCCAACUUGCAGACUCUGACUCUUUACAUGUACGACCUCAUGUCACCCAAUUUGACUAGCAUCCUGGCCACCUUUUUCCCCAAUCUCCAAGAACUCCAUCUCGGCUUCUGUCAUCCCUAUAUUCACGACAGUUGUCUGCCCCCAAAAUAUUGGACUCAUCCAAACUUUCUCGAGCCGACUACCCUGUGGGAUGUCUUUGGCGGCAUUGGCGUGGAGCAUGCAGCCAAUUUGCGCUUAAAGAGGCUGAAGAAGUUGACCUUGGAACGAUCCGGCAUCAACCGCACCCAGUUGCAGAAAUGGAUUCAGCGCAACCCGGAUUUGACCGAGUUGAGGCUCCGACAUGUGGCCGGAGUUGAUGCCGAGUUUGUUCAGUGGCUGAGCACGUAUUACCAUUCCGACAUCAGCGACUAUCGUAACCUGGAUGUUGCAAGGCCAGCCGAAUUGAAGGUCCUGGCUCUGGAGAACUGUGCCACGUUGUCCCUUCAAUCCUUGGAGGACAUGAAAUGGCUCGAUCCGCUUUUCAAUAUACCUGGAAGACGAGCCGAAGACCAUGACAAGACUACUGCAUUCCAGAUCUUGUCUUUUCGAGAGUCGACAUCCGUCUCGACCUCGUCUUUGAUGCAGUAUCUGGCUAUCAUGCGUCCCAAUGUACGCCAAGUCACCCUUCCCGAUAGCCGUGUUCUUAUUGAGAACACCAACGUCGGUGCCAAUGCUGCCGCAUCCUCCGGGGUGAUCUGCGGCCCUUGA